GACGUGGGUUGCAGGCCCCAGGCGGUUGCCAGGCGUGCGGGCGAGCGGGCGGCGGGCAUGGGCGGCCUGCGGCUGCUGGCGCUAGCCCUUACGUGCAGCUGCUGGUGGCCGCAGGGCGGCCAAGCCAAGACCCUGCGGGGCAGCUUCAGCAGCGCCGCGGCCCGGGACGCCCAGGGCCAGAGCAUCGGCCAUUUCGAGUUCCACGGUGACCAUGCUCUUCUGUGUGUCAGAAUCAACAACAUAGCGGUGGCCGUUGGGAAGGAAGCUAAACUCUACCUGUUCCAAGGCCAGCAGUGGCUCAAGCUGCAGGAGAGCAGCCCUGGGUACAGCUGUAGUGAGAGGCUCACCCAGGCACAGGUGACAGUGACCAUGAACCAGACAGAACAUAAUCUGACAGUGUCCCAGCUUCCGGCUCCCCAGAUGUGGCAUGUGUUUUAUGCAGACAAGUAUACCUGCAAAGAUGACGUGGAGAGUCCUCAGGUGGAGGAUAUCCCAUUUGAAAUGGUAUUACUAAACCCGGAUGCCGAAGGAAAUCCAUUUGAUCAUUUUAGCGCCAGAGAAUCUGGGUUGCAUGAGUUCUUUUUCCUCCUCGUCCUGGCGUACUUCGUGACGGCUUGCGUUUAUGCUCAGUCACUGUGGCAGGCUAUUAAGAAAGGAGGGCCCAUGCACGUGAUCCUCAAGGUCCUGACAACUGCCCUGCUGUUACAGGCAGCUUCAGCCUUAGCUAAUUACAUCCACUUCUCCAGGUACUCCAAAGAUGGAAUCGGGCUGCCUCUUAUGGGAAGUUUGGCAGAAGUUUUUGACAUUGCCUCCCAAAUCCAGAUGCUGUACCUGCUUCUGAGCCUGUGCAUGGGGUGGACCAUAGUCAGGAUGAAGAAGUCUCAAAGCAGGCCGCUUCAGUGGGACUCUACCCCUGCGUCCACAGGCAUCGCUGUGUUCAUUGUCAUAACCCAGAGCGUUUUGCUACUUUGGGAGCAGUUUGAAGACACUGGUCACCAUAGCUCACAUUCCCACCACAGCUUGGCGGGGGUCCUGCUCAUCAUCUUGAGGGUUUGUCUGGCACUGUCACUGGGCUGUGGACUCUACCAGAUCAUCACCAUGGAGAGGAGCACGCUCAAGAGAGAGUUCUACAUCACAUUCGCCAAAGGCUGUAUCCUGUGGUUCUUAUGCCAGCCAGUGCUUGCCUGCAUUGCUAUCAUUUUUAAUGACUACCAAAGAGAUAAGGUUGUUACAAUAGGUGUCAUCCUUUGCCAGUCUGUCUCCAUGGUUAUUCUCUACAGACUCUUCCUGUCGCACAGUCUGUACUGGGAGGUCUCCUCACUCUCCUCAGUGACACUACCACUGACCGUUUCAUCUGGACACAAAAGUCGCCCUCAUUUCUGAUACUUGACUCUUGCUAGAAGAACAGGUGACGUGGACAAGUGCAAUAAGGCUGCAGAUGCCGUGACGUCCCUUCCUGCCUUUGCCACGAGAGACAGAACGGAGACAGCAGAGCAUGCUGUUUACACAGCUGCAUUCCAGCAGCGCCCGACUCAGAGGUCACGCUUGUUCUGUGCUCAGACAGCAAGCUGUGGAGAGAGGUCUUGUUCCGAGGUGACUGCAGCUCUUUUGCCCAGGAGAUCAGCAUGAAAGAGAGGACUUAAAUGACGUGGGGUCGGGUGCUCACACUCAGGUCUGCUGGUCUCAAACAGUGUUCACUCACACGAGCACGCUUGUGCAGAGCCAACUACUCCAGGUAUGACGUCAGAGUGAGACGCUGAUUUUAAAACUACUUUUUAUGCUUUAAAGAACGUGCAUUUCAUAUUGCAAUUUAAAGGAAUUGAAAGUGAAAUUACUCCAAAAAAAUAAAUAGAAAGUGUGUUAACAGUUAAA